UUACAGCUAGAUUCUUAAACUUAUGUAAACCCUUUUGCUCUUACCGUUAUCCCAACUUCCAUAUCUGAACUGAAGAAAGCCACUAGUUUUGGUUUUGUCUGAAAAAGGAGAAGAUGUCCACUUUAAAUCUCUUCACUAACGUACCAGCCGACUCCUGCAUUUGCUCUGACAUCCUCAAGGACGUUACUAAGGCCGUCGCUAAAAUCAUCGGCAAACCUGAAUCCAGUGUGAUGAUACUGCUUAACAGCGGAGUGCCCAUUGCAUUUGCCGGUAGCAAGGAACCUGCUGCAUAUGGACAAUUGGUAUCUAUAGGGGGAUUAGGACCUGACGUAAAUGGGAAGCUUAGCGAGAAGAUAUCGGAAAUUCUCCAAGUUAAGCUCGACAUAGCUAGCUUCCGCUGUUAUAUCAGUUUCUACGAGUCUCCUGUAAGUCCCAUUUUGCUUCAUCUUAAAAGCUUUGCAUAAGAAAAUAUGUCACUUGCAUUCCAUGAAAUGAAUUACAUCAGAUGAUUAUCUCAUGUUUAUAUACAGAAUCCUGAUUUAGAUUAAAGCUAGAUUCUUGCAAUGAUGGGCUGGCUAUACACACACUGUUUUGAUGAUAGCACAAUGUUCUGAUAAACUCAAUGAAUAGA